CGACAGCCCGCCAACUGCAGCCGUCGGAUACUCCCACAGGAGCGUUCCGAAGCCCUAAUGCUCGCCCUUCCCAUAAGUACUCUCCUCUGACCACGCCGCCGCCAUUUCCUUCCUCCUCCCACCUCGGCGGCCGGCCUCCUCUUCUCUUCACCCACACGCUGGUCAUAGAGAUGUCGGCUGCAGAGGCGAAGGCGGCGGCGGUCCCGGAGUCUGUGCUGCGGAAGCGCAAGCGGGAGGAGCAAUGGGCAGCGGACAAGAAGGAGAAGGCGCUCGCGGACAGGAAGAAGGCGCUCGAGAGCCGCAAGAUCAUCUUCGCCCGCGCCAAGCAGUACGCCGAGGAGUACCACGCCCAGGAGAAGGAGCUUGUGCAGCUCAAGCGUGAGGCCCGGUUGAAGGGUGGGUUCUAUGUGAGCCCAGAGGCCAAGCUUCUGUUUGUGGUUCGCAUCCGUGGUAUCAAUGCCAUGCACCCCAAGACCCGCAAGAUCUUGCAGCUCCUGCGAUUGAGGCAGAUCUUCAACGGUGUCUUCCUCAAGGUUAACAAGGCAACCAUUAACAUGCUGCGCAGGGUGGAGCCAUAUGUUGCGUACGGAUACCCCAACCUGAAGAGCGUUAGGGAGUUAAUCUACAAGAGAGGUUACGGGAAGCUGAACAAGCAGAGGAUUCCACUUAGCAACAACAGUGUCAUAGAGGAGUCUUUGUUUUACUUUCUGUGCGUGUUAGGGCCUCGGGAAGCACAAUAUCAUCUGCAUUGAGGACCUUGUCCACGAGAUCAUGACGGUCGGCCCGCACUUCAAGGAGGCCAACAACUUCCUCUGGCCGUUCAAGCUGAAGGCACCCCUCGGCGGCCUCAAGAAGAAGAGGAACCACUACGUGGAGGGCGGUGACGCCGGAAACCGUGAGAACUACAUCAACGAGCUCAUCAAGAGGAUGAACUAGGCUCUCUCUUGUAUCCUGUGAGAAUGCUUUUCUGUGUCAGCGUGGUUGUUUUUGCUCUAGUAAGUUGACGGAUAAUGAUGGAUAUGCAAUUAUUUUUUUGGUGUUCCAUGGCUCUAAUACAGCCAGACUUCACUAGGAACUGUGUCGCUGUUUAUGUUGGCAGUUGCUUCUGGAGGUUUUUGUCU